CCAAGUCUUAUUAAACUCCGUGGAGAAAGUCAGCGGUCCCUCUUUUGCCAGGCAGUUCAUGCACUUGGUUUGAGGUCUGUCUUCCUGGCCAGCUUCUGAGCGUGUGGCUUCAAUGCCAGCUUUAUUUUCUGUGACUUUCAGCGAGCUCUUGAGUGGACGUAACCCAGCAUUCAGUCUCACACUGGGCACUGUUCUAUCUUGUUUAGUUCUCCAGGUCUUUGUUAGGUUCUGGGAAACAUUAUUGAGAGUUCUCUAGAGUAACCCUUGCCUGCCCAAACCAGAACCAAAGGCAUGCAAGCCCUGAUGACACCAAGUGCCUGGCCUCAUAUUUCAGACUACUCUGAAAUGAUAUGAGACCAGGAGUACCAGAAACAAACUAGAAGUUUCUUGCCCUGUGUUCCUGAUUAUAUCCCUAAUGUCAAAGUGGGCUAGUAACUUUUUUAGUUAUCUGGAUAUUUAUUUCAAUUUAGUUCUGACAUUGACUACCCAGAGUCAAUACCGACUCUGUGCUUUCACAACCCACAAGACUUCUCUCCCAUCAGGCAUUUGACACGAGUUCGAGGUUUCCAGAUCACUUACAACGCUCUGUCAGUCUCAUGAGUCCCCUGACCCCUUCAGGGCUGUCAUUUUCUGUAACAAUUCACAAGACUCAGAACAGUACUCUACAGGUAUAAUUGGAAUUCAUAAAAAUGUCAGGUGUGGUCCCCACAGACCCUGAGCAGCCUGCAGGAGAGAUGGAAAAGCAGAUAAUAUCACCAACUGCAGUGCCCGAUGCCCCUCCUGACUACAAUUCUCAUUUUGUUCCCGGCCCUGCUGGACCAGCUGUCCCUCCACCUACAGGCUUGCCUAUGGGAUACAACAUUCCACAGCAUUCUGGUGCCAUCUCUUUAUAUUAUCCUACUGGUAGUACCCAUCCUAUUCAGUACCAGCCUGGCAGAUAUCCUAUGACCAACCAGCCUGCUCCAGUAAUGUGGAUGCCAGGACCACCUCCUAUGCCCAACUGCCCUCCUGGUCUGGAAUACUUAGCUCAGCUGGACAGCAUACACGUACUUCAGCAUUUUGAGCCUCUGGAAGUGAUGACGGGUUUUGAAACUAAUAAUAGGUAUGAUGUCAAGAACAACAUAGACCAGAUGGUUUACAUCGUAACUGAAGACACAGAUGACUACACCAGGAAUGCCUAUCGGAACCUACGACCCUUCGUGCUACGGGUCACUGACUGCCUGGGCCGAGAGAUCAUGACCAUGCAGAGGCCUUUCCGAUGCACCUGCUGUUGCUUCUGCUGCUCCUGUGCGAGGCAAGAGCUGGAAGUGCAGUGUCCUCCCGGUGCCACCAUUGGAUUUGUUGCAGAACACUGGAAUUUAUGCAGAGCCACUUACAGCAUCCAAAAUCAGGAGAAAGAGAGUAUGAUGAGAGUGCGUGGGCCAUGCGCAACCUACGGCUGUGGUUCAGAUUCUGUCUUCGAGGUCAACUCUCUAGAUGGAGCAUCUAACAUCGGCAGUAUCAUCAGGCAGUGGAAUGGCUUUUUAUCAACAAUGGGAAACGCAGACCACUUCGAGAUUCGCUUUCCUUUGGAUCUGGAUGUGAAGAUGAAAGCGAUGAUUUUUGGCACUUGCUUCCUCAUUGACUUCAUGUACUUUGAAAGGAUUGCUUCGCGGCGUUCAUCAGUAUAGAGGGAUCAAGCAAAG